CGGAAUUUUCGUAAUUUUCUGCAUUCUUGAGCAGUCGAGCAUACAGGGGCAAUGGAGGAUGACAACUCGAAACAAAGAUGGUACUUCCGCGUUAUAUUUUUCUUCUUACUGCUUCACCAAAGCACAGGUUUUCAAGAUUGUCCAUCUGAAGUGGUUGGUCUUGCAGACCCUAAUAUCAUACCAGACAGUAGUUUUACAGCCAGCACAGAGCUGAACAAUGAAUAUGGAGCUGCUAAAGCUAGGUUUAAUUCUAAUCGUUGUUGGGAACCAAAUGGGAAUAACAAGGCUGAUGACUAUCUACAGAUAGACCUGCGUAAAUUGUUUGUUAUCUGUGCUGUUGCUACAAAGGGAAAUGGAAAGAGUGUAGCUGAAUGGACAGAAGAGUACAAUAUAUCUACAUCAUUAGAUGGUAAAACAUGGACUUGGUAUCCAAACAAUGACAAUGCCAAGACAUUUACUGGUAAUAUAAACAGAUAUAGUGCAGCUACACGUAUUCUUGAUACUCCUGUCAAGGCAAAGCUAAUCAGAUUCACACCAACAAAGUGGAAUAAUUACAAAGCUCUACGAGUGGAGCUGUAUGGGGUUACUUUAAGUGAAGUUUUCAGUUGCAAAUCCUUUACUAUUGGUGUUGCAAGUGUUGCUAAGAUACCAGACAACCAGAUGACAUCAUCAACCAAUUUCAAUACCAGUACUCCAGCAUACAAUGGCAGGCUUGGUUACACAGCAGGCUCAUCAUGGUGCUCUGCUACGUCAGAUUCUUCUCCACAUCUCCAGGUUGACUUGAGUAAAUCUUAUAUAAUUUGUGGUGUAGCAUCACAGGGUGACCACAAGUCCAUGCAGUGGGUUCAGAAUUAUCAGAUGCAGACAUCGGCAGAUGGAACUUCAUUUUCUGACUACUAUAAAGAAAAUAAUAUCAUUAAGGUAUUUCCUGGAAACACAGAUUCUAACAUAAUUGUACAAAAUCCAUUGUUUGAUGGGGCUGUUGGUCAAUACGUCCGUAUCCUACCUAAGAGUACAUUUGGAUCGACAACUUGUAUGAGAACAGAACUGUAUGGUGUGCAGCAGGAUACAGGUAUGAACUAA